GGUUGACAGUUUUUUAGAUCAGUGAGUUGACGCAAAUUUUAGCAACGUGUUGAGGACGAACUUUCCUCCACUGUGUUGUUUUAUUGGGCAAUAACUUGCUGAGGAUUGGGGUUGGUUGACCUCAACGAUUCCCUGUUUACCGAACACAGUCAUGUCUUCCGGAAUAAAUGAAGCUAUGGGCCACUCACGGAAUGACCUAUGUGACAUGGUUAGGCACUGCUUCCUAUCCGGGGAAGAGGACGCCGACAUGGCGGCACACUACAUUACUACCACACGUGAUGAGUCUACGAGCACUGUGGUCAUUGAUUUGGACACGUCAGCAGCGGACAUUACAAUAGAUUAUUUGCGAAGGCAUGGUGUUCUGGUAGUGUUCCAAGGACCGGGAGCGGAUGCCUCAUUCGCCGCGAAAGAAUAUUGGUUGAGAACAAUGGAAAAUGCGUGGGACCCGGUGAUGGUGGGUGAUCACAGGGGGCGAGUACGACCGGAAGGGGCCAAUAUGAUAUCAUAUCUGGCGGUUAAUCAUGUACUGCGGGAUUGGCUGGUGGAGACACUCAAAAAAGAGGAGCAUGCGAUGGUGGAUGGGAAACCAUGUGCGGUGCUGUAUCGCCCAUGGGCAACCCAGGUUGAGCAGGAAAAAGCUAAAGAAGAGCUGCAAGCUCAGAGAUUUUGGAUAAGAGUUGUUAGGGUCCCGUAUGUGGUUAUGCCAUUCCUUAAAGCGGCGGUGAUCAAAGAAUUUGGAGAGGUGAUUAAAGAUUACCCUCCGAAGAGGAACAAGGCGGCGCCUAGAUUAAUGAAUAGACGGUAUGAUCUCCAUCCAAGAUCUAAAGCGCGGGUCAAGAAGAAUCUCAAGGUGCGUUCCCCCCACGGUCUGCACAACGUUGAAGUCGUCACUCAGGAAACCCCAUGGUGUCGAAACUGUCGAUGGUAUGGACACGAUACUGGUGACAAACGUUGUCCUAAUAGGCAGGGCCCGGUGGAAGACUUGGCAACAGCUCGUCCCUCUUCGUCGGCGAAGUCUGGGUCUGGUCUUCCUCCUGUCCCCCCACUGAACUCACCCCAAGGUGGGAUUUCACUGCCUGGACCCUCAUCGACCCAUCUUAAAUCUGGGGUUCCCACCUCGACUGCCCAUGCAAUUGGAGGACAUCCUCCUCCUACUGGGGGAGGUGGGGCUCCACUGCCUGGACCCUCAACGGCCCAUUUWAAAAAUGGGGUUCCCACCCCGGCUGCCCAUGUAAUUGGAGGACAUCCUCCUUCUGCUGGGGGACUUUGCCGUGGGAGCAGCUUGGCUGCCCACGCAAUUGGAGGACAUCCUCCUCCCACUGGGGGACUGGGCCAUGGGARCAGCUUGACACCGGUGCAGACUGUCCAAGGGCAGUUACAAAAGCCGGGAUUGACAGAAGGGACACAAUCUGGGAAAGACGAUUAUAACAACGCUGGGAAGCCACAGGCACCGAUGGGAACCACAGAGGGGACUGGACAAGCGUUGAUGGAUGACGGACAAGGGACUGGACCCCCGACAGUUGCGACAGAGCUAAGAGAUUGUCCCGCUACGUCCGGAGGAGGAGGACUGACGGUAUUGGGUGAAGAGGAUAUGCCAACACAGAAAGUAGGCGAGCAGACGGCAAGUGCAGGGGGACACAGGGGCCAGAAAUUGCAUAAAACAUAUCCGGGUGAAGAAGAGUCAAUGAUUCCUCAGAAGGGAUCCUCGCAAACCGUUCGACGGAAGAUCUUGGCAGGCGGGCCGAAGCAAAUGAUGCACAAACCAUAUUCCAAACCUGGCCAUGAAGAUCAUGCAGGAGCCAGCAAGAACAAGGUAGCUUGGGCAGACAUUCGAGAUGAAGAACAGGAAGUUGAAGAUGGUAUGUGUACAGAACAGCGUUCAGAAUACCAACAAUACCAGACUCAGGAGACCUCAGAGCACUUACAUCACAUGGUACAAGAACCUGAAAUGGACCAACCUCGGCUGUCUGAAGAACAAGAUCAGCAACAAGAAAUUCGACAGACAAGAGCUCAGGUCUUUCCGGGUUCAAUUCUGGACGCAAUGGCAGGGGGGAAACCUUGUGUGGUUAUUCCCCUGAUUUUUCUGGCAAUAGAUGGGGAACUGAAUAUGAUGACAGCCAUAUCUGAUCAAGGGGAACUGGCCAUACCCCAUUGUGAGCUGCAUGGGGACCCGAUGUCGGGAAUCAUCUUCAGAGAGCUGGCCAAAUGGCUCACUCCAGCGUAUAAACUCAGGGCCUACCCUGAAAUGGAAUGGAUAAGAUUGGCUCCGACCAAUGAUCAAGGAAGGACUAACAUCCUCUACUUCCCGAUCAUUGAUGCGGUGGUCAACCCAGCUGCGAGGACAGUGGCUCCAUUGAAAGGGUUGCGAUGGAUACCGCUGACAUUGCUGAAGAACCCGAUAGGCCAGACUGYGACGGAAACUAAAAUCUACGACUGCUGGAAUGCAGGGCUUCUUAAACAAGUGGAUGCCUGCUCUCCAUGGCAUAAGAGUAUCUUUUCCAAUAAUUUCCUUAUGCUCAAGUGUCGCGAUUGGAAUGAUUGAGAAUGAUGGACAAACUGCGCAUUAUCUCAUGGAACAUCCGUGGGCUGGGAUCGAGGAGGGUAGCAGUUAAAAGAUCGCUAAUUAAAACACUGGCAAAGAAUAAAGGAAUCCAGAUUAUACUGCUGCAGGAGACAAAACUUAAUGAAGAAGCUAUAUCGGA